CGUGCGCGGUGAUAUUAAAUCGUUAAAAUUAUAAUACGCUAUUAACAGCUUGUACCAUCCUUCAUACUGUAUGAAUACUUAUAAUAUUUAACGGAAUAUUUGUGUCCAAGUGUUACCAUUUGAAACAGUUCUUUGUAGUAGGUGUAUGUGAAAUUAACAACCAUAUUAUUCAUGGAGAGAUGGGAUUUAAACAACUAAUAUCACAAACUGUUCAGAUUUUGAUGUUUGUGUUUUGUAUGAAGAUGGUUGACGGAGCUUACAGAGUCAUCAACAUAACAAAGUCAUGUGUUUUAAACCACGAGUGUAAAUUGCCCUGCAGGCUGGAGCCAUUUUCGUAUACUAUUAAUGUCCUUUGGUUUAACAACAAUAAUGAGAUGCUUACUCGAGGCAACCAAGUACAUAAGCAUUACAGAAAUCUCAGAAUCGAAAAGCCAGCUUACAAUGAGUGGGUUCUGUAUAUACUUCGAGUGAAUCAAAAUUUUGCUGAUAAAUACAGGUGCAAAACAAGUGACGGAUAUACGUUGUCAGAGAUAACAGUUGUUGUUGAAAGUACGCAAAUCUCGUGCUUGCUAAUUAAUGAACCCAGGAUAGAUGAACAAAAAUCAUCGUCUUUUCAUGAACAUUUCCAUGAACAUUCCCUGGCACAACUGAAUUGUAUAUUUUAUGGCUCACCUAAACCAGAAGUAACAUGGCACCGUGGACCAUCGAAGGAACCUAUUGAAGGUAUUAAGGGACCUAAAUUAAUCAUUAGAGAUAUCGAAAGGUAUGCAAGUGACAACUACACCUGCAUUGCCACAAACGAACACGGAACUGAUGAGAGAGAAAUAAAAGUGACAGUGGACUUUGACCCCGAAGUAACUGUGAUGGAGUCAGAGAUGUAUGUUACCGGUGGGGAAAUGGUGAUAAUGGGUUGUUCUGUCCAAGCGUCACCGUUGCAGGAUGCUUUCUGGACAAACCAUAGAGGUGACAGGGUAAAAAGCAACUGGAAAUAUAAGCUGACAGAAGAAAAGGAAACUGAUCAUUUUCCAGUGCGGUUUCUAGAGCUAAUUAUCAAGAAAAACAUAGUCAGUAAACAAGACGAAGGCAACUACACCUGUUAUGGUGUGGGACAGAACAGUGAAAGCAAAGAUGUUGUUAUAUUAAAAGUGAAAGAUUUUGGCUGAAUAAUAAUCUUGCUUUGUAGUUUGUGCUGUGUAAUGUAUAGAGUGCGUUUUUUGGAAUAGUUAUGGAUGAAUGUUACAAGAUAUAGGCAACAUCUUUACUUGGAGUGAGAAAAGAAGAUGGUUAAAUAAUUGUAAAAUUAGUAAAAUAUGUGGAAACUAUUGUAUGUGCAUUCAACAUACUUUGUAUUUGUUAAUAAUUUCUGUAUACUCUUAUUUAUUUUUGCUGAGUUGUGUUAAACAGAGGAACGCUCGUAAGUAUAAACAUGGACAAUGAAAAGUCUGUGUAUAUGGUUACAGUUUAGAAUGAAAAUACACCAAAUUGCAGGCGGAAGGAUAGUUAUUUACAUUGUUGUUCGCAUUUAAUACAUACGGAGUGCUGGCAGUUUAAUGAAAGUCAGUCUACUUGGAUAGAAAUUAAACACUACAAACCAUUCUUACUUUGUUCAAUUUACAGACUAUAGUAGUUGCAACUUGACCGCGAUGGUUGAACUUAGGCUGAUUAUUCAUAUCGAUUAUUUUAUUGUAGAAAUAAGGGGUGCUUAGGGUAGCCGUGUCUAUUUAUAUGGAAUUAGUUUGUAUACAGUGCAGUAUCAAAGUAUGUAUACUUACAUUUGAUCAGUUAAAACUUUCCAAUACACUAAUUUAUAUUUACACAAAUUUAUAUUUCCAUUUUCUCGUGAGCUCGUGUUUUUUUAACAAAAUUUCCUUGACAUGUACAAUACUGUGUAUAUAAGUAGAUAAGUUGAUUCUGAUUCGAACUGAAUUGUUAUUAUUAUUAUGUUUGUACAUGUAUGAUUAAACUAAUGUCUUUGAAUAAAAAAUAUGAAAAAUAAAUAAAAUAAAAAAAUAAAAACACAAAAUAUAAUAAAAAUGAAAUAGCAAAAGACUAAAAACAGAAAAAAGCUGAAAGAGAUGAAAUAAAUUAAAAAAAAAACCCACAGGGCUCGAAUCUAUUACUCUAUAUAUAACUUAACAAAAACAAGUACUUGAAUUCAAGCGCUUACACCACUGCAGUAAAUCUAUAUCACGAUAAAUCUACGUCAAUUUUAAAUUUAUGAAUGCAAAGAGAUGAAGCGUUUUACGUACACUCCUUUUCAAUAAUAGGUUGUGCCUCAUUAUGUAUUGUAAUACAAAGGUCAACCAUCGGGGUCAAGUUGCGUCCACUAUGUCAUCAGCUAAAAGAAACUGGCACAACCUCUUUCAGUAUAUAGAUUGAUAAGCUAUAAGUUGUAUAUUGUGUCCGACUUGAACACAACGUUUAAUCUUGCAAAUCAUGUGAUACACAUUUGAUGUAUUUCAAUGACAAUGGACACCUAUUCUUCAGCAUUUUUCGAGGGUAAAUGUUCAUAAAUAACAAUUAUUGCACAAUUAUAAAAAUAACAAAGGCCAUAACGAAUUAUUUGUUAAUGGCGCGCAUGCCAACGCGAAAUAGUGUUUCGUUACGUGGCGUUCUAUGUUUAGUUAUGUUUACACAAAACUUCCAAAAUUUCGUUUUGGAGCGUUGGCGCGUACGCCAGGAUGACUCAACGAAAUGUAAUAUAAAAAUCGCGCGCGCGCCAACGCGACAAAACGAAUUCUCAUAAAUUAGUCACCACAGAUAUCUAUGUUCUUACGUUAGUUUGUGAAACUUUGGAACUUUUCAAAGUAUUUGUUUUAUACAAUUUAUUAGAUAAUCAAUUUAUUUUGUUUUUACGUCGCUCUUAAUCACGGAACGCCAAUUUCAUGAUUUUGAUAAGAAUAUUUUGUUCUAAAGGUAACAAGUACUUUUGCAAUAUAUGCAUAUGUAAAAAAUUAUUGAAAUUCACCUAUAAUACCUCUCAGUUUUGGUACAUAUAUAUUAUCGAUAAUGUUAUAUGCAGGUAUAUUUCAAAACUCUUAAGAUUUUAAAACAAAUUGUUGUGCAAAAUCAGAAGCGGUUCUAAGAUCUUAUUUACAAACAUAAGAUCUGUAAAAAGAUUUUGGAAGUAUAGAAUGCAACCAAGAAAAUAAAUGGUAGAUUAGGUUUGAGCAAGUCUGUUUGUGAUAGGUUAUGAAAAGUGCAAUGACUCUCACGCCCCCUAGCACCGGCUUAUGCUGAAUUCUCUUACACCAAUAUUAUCAAAAAGGACAAAAACUGCAUUGCCUGCAAUAAAGUGAAAUAUUUAUGACAUUGUUGUCAUUUUGUUAAAAUAUCUACUGUUGUAACAGGAUAAAUUUACAGCGAGAAAUAAAGUGAUAUUGCUCA